AUGCCGGUGAGACGGGGCCAUGUGGCGCCUCAGAACACUUUCCUGGACACCAUCAUCCGCAAAUUUGAGGGACAGAAUCGAAAGUUCAUCAUUGCCAACGCUCAGGUGGAGAACUGCGCCAUCAUCUUCUGUAACGAUGCCUUCUGUGAGAUGUGUGGUUACACCCGAGCAGAGGUGAUGCAGAAGCCUUGUACCUGCAGCUUCCUGUAUGGACCCCACACCAAGAGGCCAGCAGUGGCCCAGAUGGCUAAAGCUCUGCUGGGAGCAGAGGAGAGGAAGGUGGAGAUUUCCCUCUACACUAAAGACGGAGUGUGUUUCAACUGUGUAAUAGACGUGGUUCCGGUGAAGAAUGAAGACAGCCUGGUCAUUAUGUUCAUUCUCAACUUUGAGCUUCCCACUGACCCCAGACCAACCAACAGCUCUCCAGCCAGAGAGCUCAACAGUGCGCUGCGCAUCCCCUGGCUGACCCUGGCUCGGCGGCAGCGUCUGCGUCUCCUCCUCCGCUCCCUCAGCCCCACCAUGGGUGUCCUGUCACAGGACACGGAGCUGAAUGCUCCCUGCGCCGACCUCCCUCCCCUCGGACAUGAGUCUGUGGCCCUGGACAAACUGCUGUCCCUCCCUGAGAGACAGCAGCUGGAGGAGGCAGGAGCUGGACUACUGCUCUCCGGCCUCCGCACCCCCAGCACUGGCCCUGCCACUGGCCUCCUCGCGUGCUCCACCAAGCAGAUGACCCAGAGCCUUCUGGACACAAAGACAGAUGCCUUUGUGGCGUUACCUCCUGGUGAAAUCAGACCUCCAUGCAAACUGAUAGACAGAACACACCAUGUCACUGAGAAAGUCACCCAGGUGCUAUCGCUGGGUGCUGAUGUCUUACCAGAGUAUAAGCUGCAGACUCCAAGGAUCCAGAAGUGGACCAUCCUUCACUACAGUCCUUUCAAAGCUGUGUGGGACUGGGUCAUUCUGCUCUUAGUGAUUUAUACAGCCAUAUUCACUCCUUAUUCUGCUACGUUUCUACUAAGUGAUCAGGAGGAAGCAGCCAUGCAGACCUGUGGUUACUCCUGUUCUCCUCUCAACGUGGUGGAUCUUAUAGUGGACAUCAUGUUCAUUGUUGACAUCAUCAUCAACUUCAGAACCACAUAUGUUAACUCCAAUGAUGAGGUGGUGAGCCAGUCUUCUCGGAUUGCAGUCCACUACUUCAAAGGAUGGUUCCUCAUCGACAUGGUGGCAGCCAUUCCCUUUGACCUCCUCAUCUACCGCUCAGGAGAGGAGACCACCACGCUCAUUGGCUUACUGAAGACAGCUCGAUUAUUGCGAUUGGUUCGUGUAGCCAGGAAGCUGGACCGUUACUCAGAGUAUGGUGCCGCUGUUCUCUUCCUCCUCAUGUGCACUUUUGCCCUCAUUGCCCACUGGCUGGCCUGCAUCUGGUACGCCAUAGGUAAUGUGGAGCGGUCAACCUCAGCUGGGAUUGGCUGGUUGGGCACUCUGGGCGACCAGCUGGGGAAACCAUACAAUGACUCCAUCACUGGGUCAGGUCCUUCCAUUAGAGAUAAAUAUGUCACAGCUCUGUACUUCACCUUCAGCAGUCUAACCAGCGUAGGCUUCGGGAACGUCUCCCCAAACACCAACUCUGAGAAGAUCUUCUCCAUCUGUGUCAUGCUUAUUGGCGCUCUGAUGUAUGCCAGUAUCUUUGGUAACGUAUCAGCCAUUAUCCAACGGCUGUACUCUGGUACAGCACGCUACCAUGCACAGAUGAUGAGAGUUCGAGAGUUCAUCCGCUUCCACCAGAUCCCUAACCCCCUGAGACAGCGGCUGGAGGAGUACUUCCAACAUGCAUGGUCAUACACUAAUGGGAUAGAUAUGAACGCUGUUUUAAAAGGUUUCCCAGAGUGUCUCCAGGCAGAUAUUUGUCUUCACCUCAACAGGACUCUGUUGCAGAACUGUAAGGCUUUCAAAGGAUCCACUAAGGGCUGUCUGAGGGCCCUAGCCAUGAGGUUCAAGACGACCCAUGCUCCACCUGGUGACACCCUAGUCCAUGCUGGAGACCUGAUAUCAGCUCUGUACUUCAUCUCCAGAGGAUCCAUAGAGAUCCUCAAAGGAGACGUGGUGGUAGCUAUACUGGGGAAGAAUGACAUCUUUGGGGAGCCUAUAAAUCCAUAUGCUCUGCCCGGAAAAUCCAGUGCCGAUGUCAGAGCUCUGACCUACUGUGAUCUCCACAAGAUAUACAGGGAGGAUAUGCUGGAGGUUCUGGACAUGUAUCCUGAAUUUUGUGAAUAUUUCUGGUCCAACUUGGAGAUCACCUUCAACCUCAGAGAUGUGAAUAAUGAAGCAGUAGAUUUUCUUAGUGGACAGUACUCUGACUGUGAGGGAUUCAUCAGACCACAGAUGAAACACAAAGUCUCUGCUACGCACACAGGUGACAUCAUCUCAGUGGGGAGACACAGUAACUGGGAGCAGCAUGACGACCACAACAGAGACAACCACAAGCACACACUUGACAAUGAAGAGGAGCAUAAAGGAAUGACCGGCCCUGCUCACGCCUCCAUGAUUCAUGCUGCCACCACAAACACUACAAGGUACCCCGAGACUGACGUGAGAGAGAAGACCUGUAACCCUUUCACAGCAUUCACAGGAGUGUCCCACAUCUUCACCUCAUGUGGCUCGGACAGUCGAGACGAGCAGCGAUACCAGGAGGUGCCCUGCUCCCACAGUCUCCCCUCACCUCUUCCUCAGCCUCCCUACCAACAACUCCCUGACAUGCCCUCCUCUUCCCAACAUCUCUCCAGCCCUUCUCAUCUCCAUCCUCCUCCUCCACCCUUCAUCGCUUGGAGGCAGAGGGUGACGUUAGAGAACAGGCUGGAGGCACUGCAGCAACAGAUAUGCAGGUUGGAGUCUCGUAUGUCAGCAGACAUCGGGGUCAUCAUGCAGUUGCUGCAGAGGCAGAUACCGAUGAUCCCACCUUCCUACAGCACCCUGACAUCGACAUCUCACACACUUCCCUCCCCCAUCCUGUACCCCACUGCUGCUUCCCCCACAGACAAGUCACCAACCACCAACCUCCAUCAGCAACAGUACAACAAAAAUCAAGAUGAAGUCCUUCAGCAACUUCCAGAAUCUAACUCCCAUGAUUGUGCUUACCCCAGAGAACCUCUACCUCUCCACCCAUGCCUCAAACCUCCACCCAAGAAGCUUAAACAUGUGGCCCUUACUGCCAGGACAAGGAGCUUAGGCUCUGUCUCUCAGAAUUCCGUCACAGAUGGGGAGGACGAGUCCUCCAGACUCAGACCAUCUGUUGACAGCCAACACCUCCUUCAGCCAAUGCCUCCACAAGACAGUCCCUGUCAGUCAGAGCUUCACCUCCAGAGUGGAAUCAGUCAGUCAGACGAUGGCCUGCUGAAUCUUUCACCUGCUAAAUCCAACACAGAAGCAGCAUCUAGGCAAUGA